CCAAAUCUAUGUUUGACCCAAAAAAAAAAAACGCACUUUCUCUCUCUAUUUUCUCCUUCUUCUCUUUCUCUCUCUAAAAUCACCGCCUUUCGCCGCUGUUUACUGCCAGAGAACUUCAGUCACCUUUCUCCUUUCCACCUUUUUUCCUCUCAAAAAGAAGAAAAAAAAGUUUGCUUUUUUCUUUUAAAAAUCAAUCUUUUCGCCUUUUGAUUCAUUACAAUCUCAAUAAAUUUGAUUCAUUUUAGUUAAACAGUUAAUUAACUACAAAACCCAUUUCUCCAUUUUUCAAAAACAUUUCCCCUUUCUUUGAUCCAACGGCCAAUAUUUACCCUCUCAGUCUGUUAUUUGUCAGCUUUUCUUUUUUUAGUUUAUUUUUGUCUUCUCUACUGAAAAGGCUUAAGGAGUUGAAUUCUGGCAAACUAGGCGUAUGGAGCCUAAUGGGCAUAGAAAGAGUAACAAAAAGAAUUAUGUUACCUUACAAAAUGGCGGUCUUAGCACAUUGAAUAUUGAUGAUGAGCUAGAUCCAUGGACUGCUUGGGCGUACAAACCUCGUACUAUUACGUUGUUGCUUAUUGGUGCAUGUUUACUCAUCUGGGCAAGUGGAGCUCUUAAUCCACAAAGCACUCCUUCUGGUGAUCUUGUGACAUCUGUGAAAAGGGGUGUUUGGGCAAUGAUUGCAGUGUACCUUGCUUACUCUCUGCUCCAAGCCCCCUCGACGGUGCUCAUUAGGCCACAUCCUGCCAUUUGGCGCCUGGUUCACGGAAUGGCUGUCAUUUACCUUGUUGCUUUGACGUUUUUGCUUUUUCAGAAGCGGGAUGAUGCUCGGCAAUUUAUGAGAUAUCUGCAUCCUGAUCUUGGUAUUGAGCUUCCUGAAAGAUCCUAUGGUGCUGAUUGCAGAAUAUAUGUACCUGAAAAUCCCGCAAACAGGUUUAAGAAUCUUUAUGACACACUGUUUGAUGAGUUUGUUUUGGCUCAUAUCAUAGGGUGGUGGGGAAAGGCCAUCAUGAUUCGUAACCAACCUCUUUUGUGGGUUCUAUCCAUUGGAUUCGAGUUGAUGGAGCUUACCUUCCGCCACAUGUUACCAAACUUCAAUGAAUGCUGGUGGGACAGCAUUAUUCUUGACAUAUUGAUCUGCAACUGGUUCGGUAUAUGGGCUGGAAUGCGUACUGUUCGGUAUUUUGAUGGAAAAACAUAUGAGUGGGUUGGUAUAAGCCGACAGCCAAAUAUCAUGGGCAAGGUCAAGCGAACACUUGGCCAAUUUACUCCAGCACAUUGGGAUAAAGAUGAAUGGCAUCCCCUUUUAGGUCCAUGGCGAUUUAUUCAAGUCCUUACUCUCUGUGUUAUAUUCUUGACCGUAGAAUUAAACACAUUCUUCUUGAAGUUCUGUCUUUGGAUUCCUCCGAGAAACCCUCUGAUAGUGUAUAGGUUGGUUUUCUGGUGGUUAAUUGCAUUACCGACAAUCCGCGAGUAUAAUUCUUACCUACAGGACAGAAAACCGGUGAAAAAGGUGGGAGCAUUUUGCUGGCUUUCUCUGGCUGUCUGCAUUGUUGAGCUCCUAAUCUGCAUCAAGUUUGGACAUGGAUUAUUUCCGAACUCAAUGCCCAAGUGGGUGGCAAUUUGCUGGUCAUGUAUCGGUACUGGCCUUGUGAUAUCGUUGGCUGCGUGGUCGUGGCAUUUACAUAGAACAAUGAGGAGAAAGCGCGACUGAGUUUACCUUUGCAGUUCAUCAUUCUUUGCGUUCUUUUGGGUAGAAUCAACCAUGUUGUAAAUACCCAUUACCUUGUAAUUGUAUAUGCUUGGUUUUUAGGUUAGAUGUUACAGUUUAAACAUGUAGUGAAUCUCAAUUCUUUUCAAUAGGUUAUAGGUUAAAGGUCAGUAGAUGUCUUGUUGAUUGAGUUGCAAUAUUUCUGCCUCGAUUUUGCAGGCAAAAUUUUUCGUUUAUACAGGGUGUUGAAGUAUUUUCAGUA